AUGCUUGGACGAUUCCCAUUUAGUACAUGCGCAUACUUGCAACAGCAUCACAAACUCACAGCAUUACCCGCCAAGUACCUUAUACCCAUGUUCAGUAAGCUAUCGCCAUUCACAGCCACCCAAUCGUCUUUCAAUGUCAAAGCGCUAUACCCUCCACGUUCUUUCCCUAUCAAGCCAAACGACUUUCGAGUCACUGUGAUUAGUGGCAAAAAGGCUGUAUCCAAGCAUGCCGUGUAUCGAAGGCGGGCUAGUCGAAGGCUCAAAUCAGCUGUCGAGGUCAUAUUCCCAGAACAAGCACCCAAGGGGAUGGACUAUAUCUUUUAUACGAAUGCCAAUAUAGUCAAUCUACCAUGGAAAGACUUGUUGCAGCAAGUAUCCAAAGCAGCUGGCACCAUUCAACACAAGAUCUCCAAACGCAAAAAGACAUCAUCAUAG